CACCCGGACCCCGGCUGGAGCCUUUGGAAAAUCUCUGACCCGAGAAGCAGAGAAAAUCGCCUCUGGGACCGCAGGGCGGCGGGACAGCCCGAGCGCCUCCCCCCAACUCCCCCAAACCAAGGCCUCAUUUCAAGACUUUUGGCAGCGAAAAUCGCCACCAAGGCCAAUCCAUGGGGUGAGAAUUCACUGAAGCCUGACAGUGUCCGGGCCCAGCUGGAGACAUCCCUGAAACGGCUGCAGUGCCCCCGGGUGGACCUCUUUUACCUGCACCUACCUGACCACGACACCCCCGUGGAGGAGACGCUGCGUGCCUGCCACCAGCUGCACCAGGAGGGCAAGUUCGUGGAGCUUGGCCUCUCCAACUAUGCCGCCUGGGAGGUGGCCAAGAUCUGCACCCUCUGCAGGAGGAACGGCUGGAUCCUGCCCGCUGUGUACCAGGGCCGGUACAACGCUACCACCCGGCAGGUGGAAACAGAGCUCUUCCCCUGCCUCAGGCACUGCGGAUUGAGGUUCUAUGCCCACAACCCUUUGGCUGGGAGCCUGCUGACGGGCAAGUACAAGUUUGAGGACAAGGACGGGAAACAGCCUGUGGGCCGCUUCUUCGGGAAUAACUGGGCUGAGACCUACAGGAAUCGUUAUAGUUACACAGCUGUUGGAAUCAGCCUUCUUCCCUUACUUUUCCACUUUCUAAAAUUUGGAAACGCUAUCAAAGGAAUACAGGCCCAUGGCUCAAAGCAACCCGUUGCCAAGUUGCACUCUUCAGAGGUGUCCAGGUUUAGGAGCCAAUGCCCCAAACAGUGUUCUCAAGAUUUCUCACCACCAGGGCCUGGGCUUCACCCUGCAGAACUGAGGCCUGAUGGUUUUGAGCUUGACUGUUCUUCAUGGUUUACAAGGCAUGCACCAUCAGGGUGCCCACAGGGACGCGGUCAUCCUUGGCAUGUCCUGCGUGGAGCAGCUGACACAGAACUUGGCAGCGACCGAGGAAGGGCCCCUGGAGCCGGCCGUGGUGCAGGACUUCGAUCGAGCCUGGCACCUGGUCACCCACAAAUGUCCCAACUACUUCCGCUAGGGCCAGUCCUGGCUUGAGGUGGCAGAGGGCCUCCUCCGUCUUGGUCACUUCUUUUGACACUCUCACCCUGGGCCUUGAAUGGCUUUAUUUGGCCUGUUCUUUCUCCACAGUGUCUGCUCACGAGCUGUUUAUUUCCUCCAUUCCCACAAUGCUCCCAGCUGCCUUCAUGAGAGAAGGCUGUGCUGUGACCCACUCAGGCGUGUCCUGCUUGGACAGAGCAGGCGCUGGACCCGGCUGCCCAGCUGCUCUGCUGCCUGUCCUUCCCAAGGGCUUGUGGGGGAGGAGGCAGGAGUGCAGGCUUCCCAGCCUCCCGUCCGGAAUCCAGCCCGACCUCUGGACAGGGCAGCUGGAGGUGGCCCUCUCUCUGCUACACACAAGAGAAAGGGCCAUAUGCCCUGAAGGUUUACCUACCAUUAGAGUCACUCCCAAGAAUAAAAGUUCCCAGGAUGCUGUGG